CAUUUUUGUUUUGUUCUUGCAGUCCUAAAAUCUAAUCGCAAGAAAAUUAAUGUUCAAACGAUCCGCAAAAAUACAGGCGCCGGAGAUGCAGCAAGCCCAGUUGGGGAGAACAGGGCGGAGCCCGGGGUCACGUGACUGUCUAGACCCGCCCCCCUCUGCAGCUGAAGGCUUCCCCUCCCACAGUGACAGAGCCUCUGGGUAGGUGAUCGGUACAGUUUCUGGACCUCGCGCCCCGGCAGUGCAGUGUUCGGGAUCUUAGUUCCCUGACCAGGGAUGGAACCUGUGCCCCCUUGCAGUGGAAGUGUGGAGUCUUAACCACUGGGCCACCAGGUAAGUUAACAUGAUGGAUUUCUCCAAGCUACCCAAAAUACGUGAUGAAGAUAAAGAAAGCACGUUUGGUUAUGUGCAUGGGGUCUCAGGACCUGUGGUUACAGCUUGUGACAUGGCAGGUGCAGCCAUGUAUGAACUGGUGCGAGUGGGCCACAGUGAGUUGGUUGGAGAGAUUAUCCGAUUGGAGGGUGACAUGGCCACUAUCCAGGUGUAUGAAGAAACCUCUGGUGUGUCUGUUGGAGAUCCUGUACUCCGCACUGGUAAACCCCUCUCAGUAGAGCUUGGUCCUGGCAUUAUGGGAGCCAUCUUUGAUGGUAUUCAAAGACCUUUGUCGGAUAUCAGCAGUCAGACUCAAAGUAUUUACAUUCCCAGAGGAGUAAAUGUGUCUGCUCUUAGCAGAGAUGUCAAAUGGGAUUUCACACCUUGCAAAAACCUACGGGUUGGUAGUCACAUCACUGGUGGAGAUAUUUAUGGAAUUGUCAACGAGAACUCACUCAUCAAACACAAAAUCAUGUUGCCCCCACGAAACAGAGGAACUGUCACUUACAUUGCUCCACCUGGAAACUAUGAUACCUCUGAUGUUGUGUUGGAGCUUGAAUUUGAAGGUAUAAAGGAGAAGUUCAGCAUGGUCCAAGUAUGGCCUGUACGUCAGGUUCGGCCUGUCACUGAGAAGUUGCCAGCUAAUCAUCCUCUGUUGACUGGCCAGAGAGUCCUUGAUGCCCUUUUUCCAUGUGUACAGGGAGGAACUACUGCAAUCCCUGGGGCUUUUGGCUGUGGAAAGACGGUGAUAUCGCAGUCUCUAUCCAAGUAUUCCAACAGUGAUGUGAUCAUCUACGUAGGAUGUGGUGAGAGAGGAAAUGAGAUGUCUGAAGUCCUCCGGGACUUCCCAGAGCUCACGAUGGAGGUUGAUGGUAAGGUAGAGUCAAUUAUGAAGAGGACAGCGUUGGUAGCCAAUACCUCUAAUAUGCCUGUUGCUGCUAGAGAAGCCUCUAUUUAUACUGGAAUUACACUGUCAGAAUAUUUCCGUGACAUGGGCUAUCACGUCAGUAUGAUGGCUGACUCUACCUCCAGAUGGGCUGAGGCUCUUAGAGAAAUCUCUGGUCGCUUAGCUGAAAUGCCUGCAGAUAGUGGAUAUCCUGCAUAUCUCGGUGCCCGUCUGGCCUCAUUCUAUGAGCGAGCUGGCAGAGUGAAAUGUCUUGGAAAUCCUGAGAGAGAAGGGAGUGUCAGCAUUGUAGGAGCAGUUUCUCCACCUGGUGGUGAUUUUUCUGAUCCAGUUACAUCUGCUACUCUUGGUAUUGUUCAGGUAUUCUGGGGCUUAGAUAAGAAACUAGCUCAACGGAAGCAUUUCCCGUCUGUCAACUGGCUGAUCAGCUACAGCAAGUACAUGCGUGCCUUGGAUGAGUACUAUGACAAACACUUCACAGAGUUUGUUCCUCUGAGGACCAAAGCUAAGGAGAUUCUGCAGGAAGAAGAAGACUUGGCAGAAAUUGUACAGCUUGUGGGAAAGGCUUCACUAGCAGAAACAGAUAAAAUCACUCUGGAGGUAGCAAAACUUAUCAAAGAUGAUUUCCUUCAACAAAAUGGAUAUACUCCUUAUGACAGGUUCUGCCCAUUCUACAAGACAGUAGGGAUGCUGUCCAACAUGAUUGCAUUUUAUGAUAUGGCCCGCAGAGCUGUUGAAACCACUGCCCAGAGUGACAAUAAAAUCACAUGGUCCAUUAUCCGUGAGCACAUGGGGGAGAUCCUCUAUAAGCUUUCCUCCAUGAAAUUCAAGGAUCCAGUGAAAGAUGGUGAGGCAAAGAUCAAGGCCGACUAUGCACAGCUUCUUGAAGAUAUGCAGAAUGCAUUCCGUAGCCUUGAAGAUUAGAACUGUGAUUUCUUUCCUCCUUUUCCUCAGCAAGCUCUCAUAUGUGUAUAUUUUCCUAAAUUUCUCAUCUCAAACCCUUUGCUUCUUUAUUGUGCAGCUUUGAGACUAGUGCCUAUGUGUGUUAUCAUUUGUUUCCCUGUUUAUUUGGUAGGUCUUAUAUAAAACAAACAUUCCUUUGUUCCAGUGUUUGAAGGGCCUCCCUGAUCCUUUCUCCAAAGUGGUGAAUGUAGUAAAUAGGAUAUACAAUGGCUACACUACUGUAAACGUGUAUGUAGGAUGACGUCUCUCCUUGUCCUAGGUUUGCCCUUUCCUCAUCGCCAUUAAAUUGUAAACAGGACUACCGCGUGUACUCUCUUUGCAAUGGCUUUGGAAUGGAAGGCCAGACUUCUCUACAUUCUGUCAGGUUCAUUGUGAAAUGACUCAACAUCUGUCUGGUAAAGUUAUUUGCAGCUUAGCAUUUUGCUAAGUAACCUGCUUUGUAGGAAAUACUUACUUUUUUAAAACGUGAAUAAUUAAUGUUUCUAUUAUGUGUUGCUUCCCCCAGUAUAAAUCAAGAAUAUUUGUGGGAAACUGUUGAGAACUGUACUGUUUUUAAAGCAGGCAUUUGUGGGACUCAGCACAAUAGAUGAAUCAGUGACCUCUAAAAAAGUGAAAAAGAAGCCAGGUGAUCAAACUUAGAUUAACAUCAUCUUGUUAAAGCCUAUUUUACUUCACUAGGAAAAAUUCGGUAUCAAGGACUAUUAUACUACAUUACUAGGAAAUUCUUUUUAAAAUUAUGUUUAAAACAAUCACCGAGAACUUGAUCCACAUCACACCCUCUUUUUUUUCCUCAAACAUCGUAGAACCCUAAGCUUCUAAGAAUCAUGUGGCAAUGUGAUAGGCAGUAAAAUGCCACAGAGAAGAUAUUUAGUAGUGGUUAAAGGCUGUUUGCACCUUUAAGGACCAGCUGGGCUUUAGUGAUUCUUGGGGCCAGAGUGGCACUAUGUUUUUACAAGAUAAUGACAUGUGUCACAUGUUUGUUUGUUUGCUAAUUGAAUUUUUGAACAACCAGCUUCCUGAUUGUAAAAAAUAUUAUUCUUUCACAUGGUUUUUGAUUCACUGGCUCAAAAGAUUUCUCAGAAUACCUGUAGCUGUAGCAGCAUAACAGUUUCCAUUCUGUUUCAUAGGGAUGAAGUUAAUUCUUAUAUCUGCUGAUAACAGAAUCUGGGUCAUGUGAAAAAAAGAUCAUUUCUUCCUAUCUUUUAAGUAUAUGUUUUAAAAUAAAAGUUUCUGUGUUUGUAUGAUAAGGCACAUUAGGUAAUGUAUUUCUUUUGGUCUGUUAAGGAAAGAUGCAGUUAGAGAAUUCAGCUAUGUUUGUUUAAAUCCUUGCAGAUUACAUGUUCUUACAGUGGCCUGCUGUUCAGGAUAAGUAUUCUGCCAUGUAUCUUUUUUUAACCUUUCAGAAUAUUGGAAGAUAAAAAUUGUGCAGUGAUUUGUUGAGACGUGGAUGUAAUGGUGCUGCUGAAUCAGUUUGCUUUCCAAUGUGGCCUCCUACCCAGAGGCCCUAAGACCAGUGGAAAUUAAAAGAAUUUCAAAAACUUUCAAUUCCUACCUUAAACCUACCAGCAAACUAGGAUUGUGUUAGUAAUGAAUGAUAUGACGAAGAAAGUUUGACCAAGUUUCUUUUGUGUUUUUCUGAAUUUGCAAUGUACAUUCUUACUCCUUUUUAAGAAUGUUGAUGUAUGGGUGUGAACAUGCUAGAGAAACUGCUCAGAGCCUCACUGUAAGUGUCCCUUCACCCAUAUGUUGUAGAAUUUCACAUUGGUCACUGAUCAUAUUUCUUUAGUAAGAAUGUGUUAAAGUUAACAACAGUCUUUUAAAAAGAUGAUGCAGUUCUAUAUUUAUUGUGCUGUGCCUGAUCCUAAGUGGAGCCAGUUAACAAGUUUCAUAUGUAUUUUUCCAGUGUUAAAUCUCACACAUUGUACCCUUUGGAAACUUCCUUCCAUCCUGACGAACGAAUAGAAGAGGUCAUAUGUAUUGCCUUCUUAUCCUUGAGGUUUCACUAUCUUUAUGUUAAAAGUUGUGUAUAAUUGUUAAAAUCUAUGAAAGAAUAAAAAGUGGAUUUAAAUUAA